AUGACCACCAACAGCAACGGCGCGAGCAUUGCUCGCGUCUAUGCCGACGUCAACGCCAACAUGCCCCGCUCAUAUUGGGACUACGACUCCGUCAAUAUCUCGUGGGGCGUGCUUGAGAACUACGAGGUUGUCCGCAAGAUUGGCCGCGGAAAGUACUCGGAGGUGUUCGAGGGCAUCAACGUGGUCAACUUCCAGAAGUGCGUCAUCAAGGUCUUGAAGCCGGUGAAGAAGAAGAAGAUAAAGCGCGAGAUCAAGAUCCUUCAAAAUCUGUCUGGUGGACCCAACAUCGUCUCGCUUCUGGAUGUGGUGCGCGACAACCAGAGCAAAACACCAUCUCUGAUCUUCGAGUAUGUUAACAACACCGACUUUAGGAGUCUGUACCCCAAAUUCCAGGACUACGAUGUACGAUACUACAUCCUCGAGCUCCUCAAGGCCCUGGACUUCUGCCACAGCAAAGGCAUCAUGCACCGUGAUGUCAAGCCUCAUAACGUUAUGAUCGAUCAUGAGAAGCGCAAGUUACGGUUGAUCGAUUGGGGUCUCGCUGAGUUCUACCACGCCGGGACCGAGUACAACGUCCGCGUUGCCUCACGAUACUUUAAAGGACCCGAGCUGCUCGUGGACUUCCAGGAGUACGAUUACUCGCUGGACAUGUGGUCAUUAGGAGCCAUGUUUGCCUCCAUGAUCUUUAGGAGAGAGCCUUUCUUCCACGGCAACAGCAAUUCCGACCAGCUUGUGAAGAUUGCCAAGGUGCUUGGAACCGAGGAUUUGUUCGACUACCUCGACAAGUACGAUAUUGAGCUCGAUGCUCAGUACGACGAUAUACUCAGCCGCUACCCCAAGAAGCCAUGGCACUCGUUCAUCAAUGCUGACAACCAGCGUUUCGUCAGCAACGAUGCCAUUGACUUCCUUGACAAGCUUCUGCGCUACGAUCACCAGGAUCGUCUCACCGCCCAAGAGGCGAUGGCCCAUCCCUACUUUGCCCCUGUUCGACAAGCUGCUCAACAGAACAGCAGCAGUGCGGCUUGA